AUGUCCCCUCUCAGAGGCUACAUCACAUCAUACCCACCACGCGUGCGCCAGUAUGGAAACGCGUUGCUCACGCCGGUCUACCCGGUACAGACGGGCCCGACGCCUCGGACGACAAAGCGCGGUACAACGGCAAUCAAUUAUGCCGAGGACGGUUACGAUGAUGAUGAUUUUGAUGAGAGUGACGGCCCUCGUCGGCCAACUGGGCUAAGGAGUUUGCGGCGCGAGGAGUCGACUGGUGGCAUGCUGGCUCCAUCGGAGAAGCUGGGAAAAGAAGUGCAUGCGCCUGUUGAGGUGCAAGGUGUUUUUCGCGAAUGGAUGAUCAAAAGGAUGCUGCGACCUGCGUGUGCGGAUCAACUACAAAUCCAAGCGCAGCUCCCUUUGACACUGGUUCCCAUUCGAAUCGACGUGGAAGUCGCCGCGCAUCAGCCCCUCGAGCCGUUCCCCUUCCCCCGAGGCGUCAAUGAGCAAGUUAUAAACCCUGCCCUUCCUGCCUAUCGGAGACCAGAGCCUUUGCCUCCGUUCAGAAUCAAGGACACCUUCCUGUGGAACCUCCAUGAGGCUCUAGCCACACCAGAGGAGUUUGCCAUUGGUUUUGUUCGCGAUCUUGAUCUACCCAACCCCCAGGCGACGACAAUGACCAUCAGCAAUCAGAUUCGCCAACAACUGGAGGAGUAUGCAGGCGUGGCACUGCACCCUCUAUUCCAAAGCAGUCAUUCCAUUCCUGCGCCGAGUGUACCCCCACAAGCAGAUGCUUCGCGAGAUGUAUCCAUGACUCCGGCUGCGACCAACUUUGAUACACCUGAUAACCGGGGUAACGGGGCUACAGUAACAGUCACAAAGGAGCCGUUGGUGAACGACAGUCUCUUGAACCCGGACGACGCGUACAGGUGUUUGAUCACUCUCAACAUUAAUCUUCAAAAUAAGCUCUACACAGACAAGUUUGAGUGGUCUUUGCUUCAUCCUCCUGGUAUGGCCGAGGAAUUCGCCCAGAUCACCUGCGCCGACUUGCAUCUCGGUGGAGAAUGGGUGAGCGCGAUUUCACAUGGCAUUUACGAGGCUGUCUUGAAGCUCAAGAAGGAGGUCUGCGAAAGCGGUGGUCUGAUCAAUGGUUACGGGAACGAGAUUGACAACCAAGCGGCCAACGGCGUCGAGGCUGGUUGGCGAUAUGACCCCGAGACCCUGGGUGAUAAGUGGCAACCACAGGUUGAGACUCUAUCCAAGGAGGAGAUCGAGAGGCGGGAGGGUGACCGUGAGCGUGAAAUCCGGCGUGUACGACGAGAGACUGCGCGGUUCUCCUCCACAACGGGCAUCACCCCCGAGGUUUCUCGUCAGAGUAGCGGUGGCUACUUCGAUGUUGAUAGUGAGACGCCGUUGGGUCGGGGUGAGCGAAAUAAGCGGAAGCGUCGCUUCCGUAGUCUUAGCCCAUUGGGCAGAGGCACUCCUGGUGGCCGAGGUACUCCAGAGACAGGAUCAGGGGCCGGGUAUGGUGGCGGAGGUGGCACUCUUACCGAUUGGGAACGACAAAGCUGGCGAUGCAGCAAUUGUAUGGUUUGGGGUACAGCCGUCUGGGCAGUACGAGACGGACCGGAUGGCCCUCGAACCCUUUGCCACAACUGUGGUUUCCUCUACGAGCGAGACAAGACCACUCCUGAAUGGUCAAGGGACCUCCACCGCCACGACAUUCCUGUCGGCCGAUUUACUUAG